AUGAGUUUAUUCAAAGUACUUCUACUAGUUAUAUUGCCAGUUAUUUGAGUAUUAUCGUAAAAAAAUAUUAUGGUUAUUAUGAUCAUUUAGAUAUGGCAGCGGUAAAUAUUCAAGAUCAUAUACAUAGCGGAAACAUAUUAUUUGUUGAAACAAAUCACCCAAGUUACGUAUUGCAAAUUGGAGAUUUUGGAUUAUCACAGCCCGCAAAUGAUAAUUCACAAAAUAAUGUAAUUUAUGGAGUAAUUCCUUAUAUUGCAUCAGAAAUCUUUAUUGACUCUUCAUUUUCAAAAGAGACUGAUAUUUAUAGCAUCAAAAUCUGUAGAACUGUUGGUGACUGGUAUAUAAGCGGAAAAAAUAAGAAGGAAUUUAAACAAGCAGAAAAUCAACGAUUGGAAUUAAUAAAAUUAAGGAAAAUUGGUCCUGAAUUAUCUGAAAAACAUCUAAACGCCAUCUAUACAAGUAGAGCAUUCUCUAGAUCUUCUAUAAAUUCACUUGUGAAGUCUCUUAAUAUCAAACAAGAAUAUAUUUCGAUAGAACAGGAAGAUGAUACUCAAUGUUUGUCUUUAGCAAAAAUAAAUUGUAAAACUCAGGAUCCAGAUGCUGAUUAUGGUAAUAUAUCAUUUAAUGAAUAUAUUUCUAAGGAAUUAGGAUUUGAUAUUCCAUGCCAACCUGAAAAAAAUGUAAAUUUUACAACUCAAGGUGCUACUAGUCCAUAA